AUUUUAAUGGUGAUACAUUUUCUUUAAGAAAAUGGAAGAUAAUAACGUACUGAUUGUGGACGUCAGAAGGUCCCGUACAGACUACAUUACACGACAAGUUAAAUUCCAAACAGAGACGGGUACAGAUGAUCCGCUGGUUAUCGUUGAUAUUGACGAGAUCGUGGAGAGGUACAGGAGAUGGUACAAACUGCUGCCAAGAGUGAAACUGUUCUAUGCUUUGAAAUGCAACAACGAUGAGAGAAUCGUGAAUGUCAUUGCAAGGCUCGGAGGCAGUUUUGAUUGCGCGAGCAAGUCAGAAAUACAGCAGAUAUUAGAUUUGGGCGUUGAUCCGUCUCGCAUCAUCUACGCCAAUCCGUGCAAACAAAUGUCGCACAUUACUUACGCCAGGGAGCACGAUGUUGAUUUGAUGACCUUUGACAGUGAAGAUGAAUUGGUCAAGAUCAAGAUGCUGUAUGGAUCAGCAAGAUUAUUGUUGCGAUUCCGAUCAAAACUCAUAUGCAAGGCAAUGUAUGACCUCGGAAAAAAGUUUGGCUGUAUCUUCGAAGAAGCGACGGAUUUGCUCCUAUCGGCUAAGCGAAAAGAUUUGGACGUAAUUGGUGUGAGUUUCCAUGUUGGAAGUAACUGCCUCAAUGCCGAUGCAUUCUCGUCGUCAAUCAAAGAAGCAAGAAUGAUAUUUGACAUAGGACAACAGAUCGGCUUUGUUAUGGAGAUCCUUGACAUAGGCGGUGGCUACCGGGGUAGAGACUGCGAUCGGCCAACACUUGAAGAGAAUGCUGCUAUCAUAAACCAGUGCUUGGAUGAGUAUUUCCCAGAAGCAGAUAGAGUAAAAAUCAUCGCUGAGCCAGGACGUUAUCUUGUAGAAUCUGCUUUCAGUGCUGCAGUGAAUGUCAUAGGGAGGAAGCUUGUGUAUACCAACGAUAAAUCCAGUAUUGAUCAUGUUAUGUACAACCUCAAUGAUGGAAUAUAUGGAUCGUUUAACUGGGUAAACGAAAUCAAAGAUGGAUUUUCAAUGUCACCAGUUAAUAAAAAGGCGAGACAAGAAAAACACAGCAGCACUGUGUGGGGUCCAACCUGUUGCUGCACAGAUUGCCUAGCAACCGAUAUCCACUUACCAUUGCUGGAGGUCGGAGAGUGGGUGAAUGUCAGUGAUAUUGGGGCAUAUUCCUUCUGUCUGUCAACCACCUUUAACAGCAUGCCACACCCCAAUAUGUAUUACUUCUGUUCCCGUGACAAUUGGACAUUAAUGAAGUAUCCUUUGGAUCCAUGAAGAUGGAAAGUAUCUCACCGGAAUAUAUACGGCAAUAAAACAGUUACCUUGUACAGACGAUGACCACGGAGUGUUAUGUUACGUUCCAAAACGCUCACUGUUCACUUAAUGGAAUUCCCUUCUUUUGCAUUCUAUCGCAAAAAAAUCACGCGAAUAGGACAUUACAUAUUACAACAUAUUUAUGAGUUUACAUAUCUUUGGAUAUAAAUAUCUAUGGAUAUAAAAAUUAUAUAUAUAUAUAUACAUGAAUUAUAACUUACUCUUCUGAUUAUAUUAAAGUAUAAAUUUUAGUACAUACAUUGUAUAUGUGAGUUAUUGAUUCGGUUGUACAUCACUUUUAAAUAAAACAGUGUCGAUGAUUGACACUUAUAAGGUAAACGAAAUUAACGUAAAUGACUCGAAAGACUUUAAACGUUUCAAAACCAUAAUUAAAAAAAACAAAACUUAGCGUUGUAACGAAUGGCAUAAAUGUAUUAUAUUUUUAGCUAUUAAUUUGUCGAAGAAAAAAAAAGUUAAAAUGUUGUUAAAGGGAGAAAACUGAUUUACGCUUAUACGCAAAAUUUAAAUAACAAAGUAAAAAUUGUCAACGCUGAUAAAACACGAGAUAAAUAAUCUCAUUAAAAUGUCAAACGGUGAUAUUUUUAAAUGUUACUUGACAUAAGCAUAUCUACAGUAUUUGAAAUACACGAGCAAUAUAACAUAUACACUUGAUAUAAUUCAGUGGAUUUAAAAUACAGAUAACUUUAAAUUGCGAAACACCAAAUUGAUAUGAAAUGUAUAUUUAUUAUUCUACAACACGGACUAUUUAAUGCAGAUUCACCCCAUGAGAUGUUAUACAUAUUAACAUUGAUAAGUUUGACUGGCGGUAGUGAGAAAUGCAGGCUAAGGUGUAGAUCUGAUACGAGUGGUCGAUCACUGCCAGGGUGGUCUGUUUCUUAUGGAACCUGAGACGAGAGACAACCCUGUCCUUGGUUGGUUUGCCAUUGGGUAAUACGUAGAUCUCAUACCCUAACUGCGCUGGGUAUCAUGCCAUAUUGCCACGGUGUAUUUUGCUGUGAGGUUGCCUUCAUCUACAACAAUGACACAUCGACCCAAUAACGAGCAUGACUGGUCACAAUGCGAUCAACACAGUAUAAAAAGGUCUUGGAGUGUGAACUAUCACAGAUGAAUAGAUAUUUAAAUAAAAUGUUUCUGUAACAAAGACAAUAACAGCAGCGUUGCACUGACGAUAUCAAUCAACGGUAUUAAAGCCUAUAGUUUGUGUUGUAUUCAAUUACACGGUUAAGUAUCUGAACAAUUAAAAUGUCGAAUGUAUAAUAAAUUGCCUAUGUACAACAGUUGAAUAAAUGACACAAAUUCGCCUUAUAAAUGCUUAACGGAAGAGUAGACAACCCAAUGCAUCAAUACAUUCAAGUAUACAGUAUAGGCUGCUCUGACAUCACGACAAAUGAUAUUAAUGAAAUGGAUAUAUAUAGUAAAAUAGCAAUUAUUGCUGGAAAAUCAAACUCUCCAACUCAUGAUUAAAACUGAUUGAGAAUUAUGUCUGAUAAAAUGCAUACAAAACAAUAAAUCAAAUAAUAUCAUAUAUGUUUUUUUUCGAUUCAUAGUUCUACUGUUCAACUAUCGUAAUCUUUUAUGCAGCUAAUUCAGUAUUUGUUAAUGUUUCAUGUUGUAAUUCCUUGAAGUGAACGUUUGCUUUCAAUCAAUACGUCUUUUAUUUAAAAUAAAACACUAAUAGCCUCAGUCUUGCCUUUAUUAUUUUUAGAUAAUAUGUAUCAUUGUAGCCUUGCAAUAUAUAUAUUAAGACUAUCGCAAUGGCCUUUUGAUUUUUCUCAUUACAGGGUUAUAUUCACGUGAUCAUAUAUCAACCUUAGACUUCUUACCUGGUCCAUAUUUUUUUUUUUCGGGUUGAUAAAACCAAAUAUCGACCUAUCAAAAGGAUUUAAUUUUAGUAUUUAGCAAACAGUGACACCAUUUCAAUUUAUAUAAACAUCACAUUUAAGACAAGUCAGCGGGACGACCAUCGGUAUUGACGUAAUUUUGGUGAAAUAUUUAUAAAUAUAAUAAUGAGCAGAGAAGGUUUAACAUGUAUGUAUUUCCGAGGUAAAAAUGAAUUGUCUUCCGUUGUGAUACGCAAUCUCAAAUAAAAGUACGACAUGAUCCCAAAGAGCUGACCGAUGAUGAGGAAGAGAAAUCACC